CCCCGGCUCUGCAUGUUUACUCGCGAAUCAGGCGGCAGUGCUGAAUAAAGGUGUUGUUUCCUUCAUAGUGAUGAUUUUUUCCAUCCCAGAACGAGUCGCUAUUGUGGAACUGUACGUGGAGACUCGGUCCUUCAAAAAAACACGUACGUCAUUUGCGGAGAGGUACACCAAUUCCCCUGUGCCAAGUAAACGCACAAUUCAGAACUUAGUGAAAAGGUGGAAAGAAACAGGCAGUGUAGCGGAUAAGCAACGUGUUAGACAGCGAACCGUCCGGACUCCGCAGCUGGUGGCUAUAAUUCAGGAGCGCAUGACAAAUAACCCUGAAACGUCAACGAGGCGUCUGUCACAGCAAGUUGGGGCAUCGAGGAGAUCUUGUCAGCGAGUAUUGCAAGAUUUACGUUCACAGUGUCUCAGUUUGGGGCAAGGUUCUUCUGAAGUCUUGUGCAGUUCAGAAGGCAUUUACGAGGUGCAGCUCCACAAGGAGAAGAUGCAGCCUAUGAAUCAAAGCUUUAAAUGUGAGGUUGGGAGCCCAGAAACAGUCCUGAUUUACAAGGAAGAGGAAGACAGCAUCGAUCCAGAUGUAAAGUUUAAUGUUGCCGAGCAACGAAUGGUGCUCAUCAAAGAAGAACAGGAAGAAGAAGACUGCAAAUGGGAGUCUGUGCCCCUUACGUAAAAAGACUUGACAAAAAUUUUAAAGUUUACCAGAGAAUUAAGUGACGCUACAUUUGGUUUGUUAAGGUGGGAAACCAGCAACACACACACAUUCAGGCUGGAGGAAGUGAGUCACUGUUCUGUGUGUUUCAAAUUCAUUAGAAAGUGUAACAGGAUAGCAAUACAGAGUAGUUAACAUGAUAAUGCUGCCAUACCGGAAUGACAUUAAGAUGAUACAUCAAAAAGAAUUACAGAGAUCACAUGGGACAUACCAGCCUCUGUCAUGUGAGAAAAUGUGGCGUGCUGGAGUCCAGAUCAGUCAGGUAUCAGUUAUAAGUGACAGCAGUGCCUGAGGAGUGACAAAACACCCAGCAACAAGCAACCUGAGAUCAGCCAGAUGUGGAACAAGUGAACUGUAAUUAUUAAUAGGUUUUGGAUCAUAAGCUUCUUAAGGACAGGCUAGACUGCCAAAAUAAACUCUCAGAUUAACUCAAAGGGGGGAAAUUAAAUUAUUGCUGAGUUUUAGGCCUGAUAUGGAUAGGCCAUAGGAUGGAAUGAUGACUCUGUGGUUAGUCCUGAUGCCUCAAGUCCCAGAGGUCAGGACCCGGUCACUGAUGGUGUGGAGUUUACACAUUGACCAAAGUGUUUGGUGUUUUUUUUUUUUCUAGUUUUCCUCCUGCAACCCCCAAAAAAUUGCAUAUUAGUUGGUUUAUUGUCAUUCUGUAGAAAUGUGCAUGACUGUGGCUUGUAAUAGCCGGGCUUCCAUACACACCUAUGCCAAUCACUACCAUGAACAAGAUGAAGUGGGUUUAAUAACAGAGGUACAAUAGUUUAUCCUCAACCCAUUCACUGCCAUGUAAACACAGCUUAGAUGAGAUGCUUACUGGCAUGUCUCCCAUGGUCAGUAGAGUCGGAGGUCAUGCAGUAAAUUAACCGCUAACAAUAAAUACAACAUCAAGCAAUACCUGUACCAUCAGACAAUAAAUUUUAAAAA